CCUCUGAGCAACAAGCUCCUUUGUCUUCACAAUCGUCCAGGUCUUCACAAUUUUCUUUGUCUUUACAAUCUUCUUUGUCUUCACGAUCUUCUUUUUAUUCACAAUCAUCAUCUUCACAAAGUUCAAAGUUAGCCCCAAUUAAUACAUGCUUUACCAAGACAAACCCUACAAAAAAAAAGCUAAUAUCUGAAAUUAGGUUAUUAAAUGAAAGAGUUAAAUAUUUGGAAGAAGAGAUUGAAACUCUUAAUAACCCUGGUACAAGUUCUUUGCAGCAAAUACUUAAAUAUCUCUUGCAUUCUAAUUCACCAACUAAAGAUCUGGGAUCUGAUCAAGAGGAAUCUGAAUCCCAACUUCCAAAAAGAAAAAAAAGAAAAACUAUACCCUUCUCCUAG